AUGGCAUCGAAAUAUCAAAGUCUAAUAAAUAGUUUAGUUAUGGACAGUGGAAGUGGCCGGCAGUCUCGCCUCCUGGGAAGGUUGCUUGGCAAAUUGCGCGGCGAACACCGAUACUCUAACCUAGAUAAAAACUUCUCUUUUACAUCUACGGGUAUGAGUGAAAGUAUAGGCUGCGGGAGCAAUGAAGACGCCGAGUGUGUACCCCAAGCUGACGUCUCCAGCAGUACAAUUGAUGAUGCGCAGUUUGCUGCUAAUAUAGACCUUAGAUAUGGAGGACAAUAUUUGACUCCGGAACAGUUGCCAGAAUUCUGUAACCAACUGCACCAUUUGGUCGAAGUUAUCAGGAAUAUACAGUCAUAUGCAAAGGUCACUGAUGAGUACCCGAGCGAACUCGAGCGUCGCCUAGAGCGUGAGGCACAAGAGGUAGCGGCUAUCGCGCGAGAGGUGCGCAACGCUCGCGACAGCGCGUCGCGAACGCGUUUUCAGAGACGGGCCUUGAAAGCUCAGCGCGCGCAGAUCGUCUCCCAUCUCGCUAAACUUAGGGAGGCUGAGGUACGUGAGCUAGAGAACUCCGUACGGUUGUCAGAUCGCAAACUGUUCAAGAACUGGGAGGCGGUACGCGAUAGCACUGAUCCAGUCGCCUUUGAGCCUUUACUUGAGGAAGUCAGAAACAAGCAAGCUGCUCUGGACUGUCUCGUUCGAUUAAUAGAGAAUCGUCGUAAAAACCUUCCUUCUACCCGCGCUCCCCACCCUCUACCGCCUCCCCCUGGGAAUGACGAAGUAACUACAAAAAACUUGCCAAUAUUUUUCUUUUUAGAUUCGGUACAAAUAGGUGGCUUUCGAAGACGUCAUAAUAACCGUGUCAGCAAGAAGAGAAGAAAGGAAACGAUACGAGAGCCGAGGUCUGUUCCGCUAUCGGAAGAGCCAAGCCACCACAGCCCACAACAGGUAACGCUGUAUAUCCAAGGUCCAGCCGCAGGUUCAGAGAGUACGUCACGUUUCCGCGCAGGCAGUGCCGGGGCGGUCACACUAGGCUCGCUAGAGCUACCCACACCGGCUAGUGUUCGGGAUAUAUUGUUCUUUACCACAGAUUAAUAAUACAUUUCAAUCAAUCAAUCAAUCUUUUGGUAUAAUGGCUUCCAAUAGUGCUAAAUAUUACAUUUGUAAGAUUAGUCAAUAUUUGACAGAUUGCCAGAACAAAUUAUUUAUUAAUUCAUUAGAAUAAUGGCUCCAAUAUCGUACCACGUCGUGCCAAAUCGUGCCUAACCGCCGAUUUCGCUAAUACAAUUUGCCAUGACACAAGUUAUCAGUUUCAGAACAAUUUGUCAAUCUGUCAAAAAUAUGACAACUUUGAUAUAAUAUUUUUACAAUCAUGUCUAGUAGGAAAAACCAAUAACACUUACUAAUGGAUGUUAGAGAAUUAAAAAUAUACUAUACUUUACUUACUAUACUAGAAUAUAUGUUUCUUCCGUGUGGAAGAGAUAUAAAAUGGAAUCCUUUAUAAUAUGAUAAAAAUAAACUGAUAAUAUUAAUACCUUA